UAGCUGGAUUGGACGUAGCUAUCGAUACCUCCACGAUGACGGCGCUCCACGAAGCGUUCGUGGCUGUCGGCUGCAACAAUGGCAGCCACUGCAUGUCCCGCGCCGUCGCCUGCGAGGACGGCUGCGAGGUGGCGUUCGCAGCCUCGACCACAGUGGCGAUCGCCCGCUAUUGCAGCGCGGCAGCGACGGUCCCGGCCAUCGUCCACACGCUGCAUGGUCACAAGGCGCGCGUCGCGUGCGUGUACUGGCGCGACGCUGCCUCAUGCAUUGUCUCUGGCGACGCCAGCGGCGAGGUGCGCCUUUGGCGGCGAGCGGCCAAUGCCUGGACGUCCGAGGUUGUCGUUGCCGGUGCUGGCUCGUCUGUCUCGGCGCUGACUUGUACGACACUGGCAUCGUCUCGGCUGCUCGUCUUUGCGGCCAUCUCCAACGGCGAUAUUGUCGUUGUCGAUCCAGCAACACGAGCGACGACAACACUGUCGCUGGGCGAGCGGCACAUUGCCGAAGCCAUCGCCCUUAUGCAAGACGGUCGCGGCACUCUUCUGCUAGCGCUUGGUGGCGUCGAUGCACUUGUUCACGUCUACACGGUCGACUUGACGCUGCAAGCGCUGUCGCUCGUGAGCUCGCACGCAGGUCACAAGGGCUGGGUGCGGGACCUCGCGUUCUCACCGCCGCUCGCCUCGGGUGACGUCCUGCUGGCGUCCGCCGCCCAAGACCACAAGAUUCGCCUCUGGCGCAUUGACGCGGCGCUGAACGUCACGUUCGACGCGAUGCUCGUGGGCCACGACGACUGGGUGACGAGCGUUUGCUGGACGUCCAACCACUCGCUCCUCUCGUGCUCUAUGGACAACCGACUCCUCCUCUGGGCCGCCGACGACGGCGCGGCGUGGCAUCCAACGACCCGCGUCGGCGAUCUCGGUGGCCUCGGUCUCCUGGCGGGCGCGUCGUUCGGUGCCGACCUUCUUGGGCUUACGUUUACGGGCGAGCUCUACCGGUGGACCAAAAGUGACGCACACUACGUGCCAGCGCGGUCCGUCACGGGGCACAGCCGACCGGUCACGGACGUGGCGUGGGCGCCGUCGGGUGCUUUCUUUGUCUCCGUCUCGCUUGACCAGACCGCGCGCGCGUACCGGCUUGACGCGACCACUGAGGUGUCGCGCGCGCAGGUGCACGGCUACGACCUCCAGUGCGCAACGUUCUUGAGCGACGCGCAGUUUGUGAGCGGCGCCGACGAAAAGAUCCUCCGUGUCUUUGACGUGCCGUCCGGCAUGCACGCGCUCGUUUCUGGGGCGUCGACAGGACGCGGGUUUGGCGUUCUUCCCGAGCUCAGUUUGACCAACAAGCGUGGCGAGGCGGACGAGACGGCCAUUGUGGGCGAGCAGCUCGCGCGCCGGUCGCUUUGGCCGGAGGUGCAAAAGCUCUACGGCCACGGCAACGAGCUGCUUUGCGUGCGUCGCAGUCAUACCGGCGACGUCUUGGCGUCGACGUGCAAGGCGCGGGACGAGUCGGCGGCGGCGAUUUGGCUCUGGCGCAAAGACGAGGCGAGCACGUCGCUCGUGGCGGCGCAGCAGCUGCCAGGGCAUAGCUCGUCGGUCGUGCAGCUCGCCUUCUCGAGCGAUGAUACGUACCUUGCGUCCGUCUCCAAGGACCGCAGCCUCUGCGUCUUUGCCCUCUCGAAUGGGAUCUAUGCCCUUGUGCACAAGCAGGUCAAGGCCCACAAGCGCAUCAUUUGGAGCUGCGACUGGCUGCCGCACGAACCCGUUCUCGUCACCGGGUCGCGUGACGAGACAGUUGCGCUCUGGGGGUUAUUGGCCGGUGUCUGGCAGCAGGUAGCGGCGCCGAUGACGUUGCCCGCGGCCGUGACGGCCGUCGCCUUUGCGCCGGCAAGUGCGACACCAUUGCUGGUGGUCGGUCUCGAGUCCGGCCGCAUUGUGCUCUGCGAUGUUCGGCGCAUUGACGCAGCAGGUCGCUUUCAGAUGACGCGUCGCGACCAAGUGGUCGCAGCCCACGCGGCCAAAGUCACUCGGCUGGCGUGGCACCCGACCGAGAUGACGCUGCUCAGCUGCAGUGAGGACGCGAGUGUCAAGCUCUUUACGCUCCAAUAAUGCUUUCAGCAAACGACGCGGUGAUGGUGUUGAUGCAUUCGACA